GGGGCGUUGCGGGAACGUUGCAGGGAUGGAGGAAAGGGAGAGGCUGCGGAGGGAGAUCCGGCUGCUGCAGGGUACGGUAGGGCUGGGCUUGGGGAAGGCUUGGAGACCGUGGGGCGGUUAGGAGGUACAUGGAGGGCGUGGGAGUAGCCAGAAGGCCAAUGGGGUGCGUGGGGCCCGUGGGAUUCGUGAGGUCCGUGGGGUGCGUGGGGCCCGUGGGGGCAGCCAAGAGGCCUUUGGGGUGUGUAGGAGCAGCCAGAAGGCUCGUGGGGGUGCGUGGGGCCUCUGGGAGAAGUCGUGAGGUUCCUCGAAUGCGUGGGAUUGUGGGGGCAACCGGGAUGUCCGUCAGGCCCGCGGGGGUAGCUCGGAGGUAUCUGAGGUGCGUGGGGCCCGUGGGGUUCGUAGGACCCCUGGGGUGUUUCUGGCGUGUGGUGGCCACCAAGAAGCCUUAGGGGGAUGUGAGGCCCCUGGGGUGUGUGGGGGCCUUUGGGGGUGGCCAGGAGGCUUCUGGGAUACGUGGGGGCUGUAUGGAUGGCCAGCAGGCCUGUGAGGUGUGUGGGGGCAGCCUGAUGUCUUCAGGAGUAGAGAAGGAGUAGGCUGGGGGCAGGGAAGAGGGAAGGAAAGAUGUGGAGAAGGCCUAGGAGUGCUAAGGAAAUGGUAGCCCUGGGUUCUCUGGAUGGAGAUGGGGAGAGGAGAGGGCCCAGGAGUGUUGGGUUUGGGGAGAGAAUCUGGGAGACCUGGCUGGGAAGAUGGUAAGGGGUAAAUGGAGACCUCAGGGCAUCCCCCCACUGCAGUGCAUGUCACCCUCCUAGGAGGGACAUGUCCCAACAGUUCCUAGUCAUGUUCAGGAGCAGCGUUUGGGAUCCCCAGGUGGCACAGAAAGGGGCUGUGUCCCUCAUCCUCAUUCCCUGGAUUCCUCAUCAGCUUUGUGGGGGCGGAGUGGGUAUCUUUGUAUGCCCUUUCCUUGCCUGGGAGAACAUCGGUGCUCAUUCUUAGAAACAACUGGCUCUAUUUGUAGCCCCCCAAGGUCUCAUAGACAACCACAGGAACACCCAUGGGGACGUGCCGCGACCGCUGUCUUCUGCCCCACGGAUGUGGAACAACACCACACAGCCCCCAUUCAGUAGGAGGGGAGCGUUCUCAGCCCGGUACCCCCAGCUGCAGCCUCCCAGGGACUUCCAGCUGCGCCGAGCUCACUCUUGGAGGAAGAAAUACUCCCUUGUGAACCAGCCGCCGGGACCGGUGUGUGAUGUUGGGUGUGCCACCACAUCCAGGGUCUUUGGGAGCAGCGAGGAGAGCCAGUCAGCCAUGCCAUCAGCGGCAUCCCCAGAGAGACAAGUGGACUUAACCACAGAUGGGAACAUCGUUGUGGGCAUCCAGGUGACACAGAAGACUGGCAUUGUAGGUGCUGAAGGAUUUAGUGAUGCGAGUGCUUAUUGUGAUGUUUCUGGGCUUAAAACAGAGCUUGUUGCUCCGGAUGAUGGUAACGUGCAGGAUUCUUCCAUCCCUCUGUACGCAAAUCAAGAAGAAGAGCCAAAACCCUCUCUCUCUAUUUCAUUUAGCUCGUCUCACCGCGUUGUCAGCUCAUCGUAUCUGUUUGACAAUCCCAGAAAGGUGCACCUGGCCGAAAGCUCCAGAAGUGCCAGCGAAAGUGCUGUCACACUGAAAACAGAGCCACAGCCGCUGUCGGCUCUGCCGAGCUGUGAGCAGGCUCAGCACUCAGCGUGGUGGAAGCCAGAGCCACCCUCUCCAGGGCAGUGCAGCUGGGAGCAAGUCGGGGACGUUCACAGAGAGCCAAAGCUCUUUGGAAACGCAGAGAUGCACUCUAAACCCGCUCAGGCACUGACUUUGGCAGCUGUGAUGUCUCCAGUGAAGAACAAGUUUUCUGUAAUCCCCAAAGUUUCCAGUCUCCAAAGAGCUGCCUCGAUGACAGUCUCCAGCAAAGCUUCAAAGUUCAGGAAAACCAAUUACACCUGGGUUGCAAACCCUAGUAAGUGCUCUCGUCCUGUGAAGAGGUGGGUCAGCCCGAGAGCUUCUGACAGCACUAAGAAAAUCGCUGGUGGAGCUGAGAGAGGUUCAAAAACAUCUCCAAAGACAGAUUUAGGAGCAAAGAUGAAGAAGUCGGGGCUGCAAUCCAAAGCGGGUGUUUCUCCCAGCAAGUAUAAGUGGAAAGCCUCCAGCCUGCAGACUUCACCCUCCACAUCCAAGUCAGCGUUCAGGUGGCGGUCGGAGGAUCAGAAGAGGCCCUCAGCCUUCAACCUGUUGACUCCCAGAGAUACAUCAGUUGGGGUGAAUCCCUCCUUGGGUGAGGCUGUGCUUACCAGUUAUAAAGUGAAGAGCCGGACAAAAAUCAUCAAGAGGAAGGCAAGCUCAAGCUACCCAGCGGAUAAGAAGAGCAGUCCCUUGCUCACCACGCCACUGAAAAGCCCCUUCCAUCCCAGGAAGAAAAACACCCAUCGGGGAAAAGCUUCUGUGACUCCAAAACGCUCCUCGCCCAAGGGGCUGGUGCAGAUCACCAAGCAUAGGCUCUGCAGGCUGCCAGCUGCCAAGAACCAGGGCUCCUCCAGGGAAGGUGCCAACUUGCACUUCAUAAGGAGCCCCCCAGCGAACAAAGUGAUAAAGACACGCUACAGGAUAGUGAAGAAGAACGUGGUCACUCCCUCCUCAUCAUUUAGCAGCUCUGGCCCCAACUGGAAGAUGAGGCGUCUACUGGCAUCCAGGUCCCCCCAAGCAAGCUCAACGCCCAAGAGUAGCAAAUCCCAAGCCAUACAGCAGAGGUGGAAGAGCAAAGGCUAUCGCUGCAUUGGAGGGGUGAUGUACCAGGUGUCGGCGAACAAACUCUCCAAAACUUCCAGCACCCCUGGUCGGUGCAGAGAUCUGAGCACCAAGAGCCCUGGCAGAGCAGUACGAUUGAGCUGCACGCCCAGCAGUCCUGGCUUCUCUCCAUUUGGCUGCCUGAACCGAUCAGCCACGAGCCGAUACAUUGCAAGCCGUGCUGUUCAGCGGAGUUUGGCCAUCAUCCGUCAAGCCAAGCAGAAGAAAGAGAAGAAAAAGGAAUACUGCAUGUACUACAACCGCUUCGGCAAGUGCAAUCGUGGGGAGAACUGCCCCUACAUCCAUGACCCAGAGAAGGUGGCUGUGUGCACCAGGUUUCUCCGUGGCACGUGCAAGAAGACAGAUGGGAAGUGUCCAUUCUCCCACAAAGUUUCCAAGGACAAGAUGCCAGUGUGCUCCUACUUCUUGAAGGGGAUCUGCAACAACAGCAACUGCCCCUACAGCCACGUCUACGUGUCCAGGAAGGCAGAAGUGUGCCAGGAUUUUCUCAAAGGCUAUUGCCCUAUGGGAGAAAAGUGCAAGAAGAAGCACACGCUGGUUUGCCCAGACUUUGCCAAGAAGGGCAUCUGCCCCAGGGGUGCCUGCUGCAAGCUGCUGCACCCAAAAAAGAAACGUCACUCACCAGGGAACUGUGCUGGUGAAGAUGGGGACCCCCCCUCCAAGUGGAGACGGCUCUGGGAGGAGACGAACAGGAAUGUUCCAGCUCAACUCUCUGAUGAUGGGGAAGUGCCCGGACCCUCCAGCAUGGAGGAGGAUGUGAAGUUUUGGAAGGAAGCAGACACCACUCGUAGCAGCUGCCUGCAGAAGCUUCCAUCCUUCAUCUCCCUCCAGUCCUCAACCUCUCCGGGUGAUAAGAAAUGCAAAGUAGAGAGGAAUGAAGAUGAACCAAUGGAUGAGCCAGGUAGUGGCACCAAAUGGAAAAGAACCUCAAUGUGGGUGACCUUACAGGACUCAGAAAGCACCACUCUGGAGGAGGGAAGUAGUAGAGGCAAACAGCUGCAAAUCAAGCCCAGGCUGUGACCGUUGUCCCCGUGGCAGCUGACCAGCUCAGGAAACACUGAGCCAGGCAUUGCCUGGCACCUACCUCAGGACACCGUGCUGGGACAUGGCACCUUCUUUUUGUUGUUCAAUUUUCUGGGAUAUCGUUUCACCAGAGAGCCUGGCAGCGGCAUGGAGGAGCAUUCCCUCAGCCCCGCCCCUCAGGGAGGUGGUUUUGUUGAAGUAUUUUAAGUUUGGGAAUAAAUUCUGGUUUAAGUUGGCUUAAUUAAGGCUCCUGGGGAGGAUGAAGAGUGGAGAUGUUCAACCAGCCAAGCGCAUGGACGCUGCUUGGGUGUGGGAUACAAGCACCCUACAGUUAUCCCUUGGUCAUAUGCCUGCAUCCAGACCUUGCUCUAUUUGGGUCGAGGUACCUGGUGGUCUCAAGUCAUCAUGGUGGGGUAUAGCAUGACACAAAGUUUCCACAUGGGUUGGAAUUUCCAUGCCAAAAGCCCACCUGCAUUCUGCUCCAUCCCUUAUUUUCAGGAGCAGCGCUGAGCUCAGACCAUUGCUAUGUGUCCCGGUGGGGUUUUGCUCUCUUGGAGAUCCAAACUAACUUUUUUCGGGGCCUUUGGGCCCCUGUGAAUCCAGAUGGGAGCAAAAGCAGCUCCCAGCCUGGCAGGAAAUAACAACAGUGUUGUAACUGUUCAGUGUGUCAUGGGCGCAACCUCAAUGCUCAACUGCUGUCCUUCAUGCAUCUGAUAUCUCACAGCAUCCUAUCUCCCAGGGGGAUGCCUGUUUAUCCUGACCCUUGAUGUUCCUCUGCACCAGCCCUGAUCCGUGUGACAAGUUGUGCCAAUCUCUGCUCUUGGUUCACCUCCUCCUGUAGAGCAACGAACUGAUAAAAGAUGGAUCAUGGGUCUGAUUGCCACCAUUGUGCGGAUGGAUGGAGGCGCUGAUGAUUGUUGAUAGCGCUCAGGUCUGUUGGCCAGGUUUUGGUUUUCCUGCUCCAUGCCUUUAUCUCCACAAUUUAAAGGCAUGUGGGGAGCCCUCUGCCAAGCAGAUUUCUGCUGGCUCUGCAGCUUUUGGAAUGCUGCCGUGAUUUUUUGCAUCCAUGGAUUCAAUUUUCAGAGCAAUUUUGGGUGGCGGAUGCUGCUCCCUGACACGGAGGACAGGUCAGCCCUUGCCAAGAGAUGCCAAGAGGCAUGAUUUGCUCAUCUGUUGUCCUUAAACAGCAAGAUUUGCCCGUCUGUUAGACAGUACCUUAGGGCAAACUUUAUUUUAAGAGCCCUGCGGGGAAAAGUCAGCAGCAUUACACAGUUCAGGACUGUGUGCCCCAUAGGGGCAGUGCCACAGUUCUACAUGCACGUGCCAAUCUCUGCAGUGCAAACUCAUUUUGCUGGGUCCCAAUGCGCAUGGCAUCACCCCACACAUCCCACUGGAGCUUGGAUGAACCCAUGAGCCCCCACCUCUGGCAUUUCCAACACGAAGGCAGUGGGGGUGGUAGCUCUGUUGUCUCCAGGGAGCAGGCACCCAGGUGUGCUUGGCCAUGGGAUGGGUGACAGUGUCAACGUGUUGCCGCAGGCUCAGGUGUACAGCAGCUCCAAGAAAGCUGAUGGCUGCAUUUUCACGCUCACAACAUCCCCCAGAGGAGCUGUGCGUGUGCACCCCAUAGAAGGUGGGGGCACAGACUGGAAGGCUCCCCCCUGCCCAGCUCCUAAAGGGGGGGAGUCAUAGGAUUUACGGCAGGCAGAGCCCCCGGGUCGUGUUUCACCCCAAAUACCCAACACAUGGCUCAGGUGACUUGGGGCAUGGCAGGCCACCAAAGGCACUGCGUCAUCGAUGCUUGUCACCUCUUGAAGAAGGGCAGAGAAAUUAGAGUGGGGGACCCUAUUGCUCCACCCUUCUUCUGCUUUCUGCACCGAUUUGGGGUUUCGUGUGACCGUCUCUAUGGGAAAAUUCAACCAAGCAUUGUGUAUGGAGUUUUUCUUUUCUUUUCUUUUCUUUUUUUUAAUUAAUAAAGUUGUCGUCGUCCCCGUUGUUACUAAAUGUCUUUUUAUUAACUUGUGCAUUUUUGUAUUUAAAUAAAAGAGUUUCUGCCUGGA